ACUUUAUCCCUUUUUUCUCCCUUCUAGGCUUGUACUACUCCCAUCUUUCUUUCUCUCUCUCUGUCUCUCUUAAAAUCCAAAAUUCAUACCUCCCUCGUACACAUGAAGAAAAAGGUUAUACAUCUUUCUUCAAUCUCUCCUCCAAAUUGCCAAAUGACUUACUACCUCCUCCUCUACCAUUAAACACUUGGAUUUCUUGAUAUCAAUCUAGGGUAUCUUCUUGUUUCUUUUCUUGGAUUUUCUCGCUUUCUUCAUGGGAGCUGGCUCGUCUAGUUUGGCCUUGGAAAGUGAGGGAGGUUCUUCUCCAUUAAGACCUAAUCUUGAUGAUAUCCCAGAAAGUAGUGUUGCUUCUAUUCUUAUGCACUUGGAUCCUCCUGAGAUAUGCAAACUAGCCAAGGUGAACAAGACUUUUCAUGGUGCUUCUUUGGCUGAUUUUGUGUGGGAAACAAAGCUUCCAUCAAACUAUAAGUAUCUUGUAGAGAAGAUUUUAGGUCAGAGUCCUGAGAGUUUGAGCAAGAAAGAGAUCUAUGCAAGAUUGUGUCAACCUAAUUGCUUUGAAGAUGGCACCAAGCAAGUUUGGUUGGAUAAAAGUAGUGGCAAGAUUUGUGUAGCUGUUUCUUACAAGGCAUUAAGGAUAACUGGGAUAGAUGAUCGAAGAUAUUGGAAUCAUAUUUCAUCUGAGGAAUCCAGGUUCAACACAAUUGCGUAUCUUCAACAAAUAUGGUGGCUUGAAGUAGUGGGAGAAUUAGAGUUUGAAUUUCCAGCAGGAACUUAUAGCCUAUUCUUCAAGCUCCAACUGGGAAAAACCUCGAAAAAAUUUGGCCGACGAGCCUGUAAUGUCGAUCAGGUUCAUGGUUGGGGUGCUAAACCUGUCCGAUUUCAGCUUUCAACAUCGAAUGGCCAGCAAGCCUCAUCAGAAUGUUACUUGCAUCAACAAGGAAACUGGGGGCAUUACUGUGUUGGUGAUUUUGUUGUUGACAACAAAAAUACCCCAAUGAAGCUCAAAUUUUCCAUGAUGCAGAUUGAUUGUACACAUACUAAAGGUGGUGUGUGCUUGGAUUCUGUGUUAAUAUGUCCUAGUGAAUUUAGAGAAAAGUUGAAGCAAUUUUAAGGCAAAUGAAAUCUUUGUAGGUAGGAUUGGUCAUGAGAUGUUACAUAGUAAAGAAAUAUAUUAGGGGGGCAGCUUUAGCUGAAAAAUGAAAAUGGUGGGUUAGUUUUUUGUGGUCCACAAAUAUUGUAUUCUUGCAAAUCAAUGUAAAUUUUGGAUUGAUCA